AUGCAAAGCCACGGAGAGAAUCCCGAUUUCGUCCUAUACCCGACCCACCUCACCGACGAUAGCAAAAUGCUGGCGCUCGAUUCGUCGAGACAGCAGCAGGUCCCAUACUUCCAGCAGUUCGCAAUGGAUCCUAACUUCGACCCUUUUGCCUACAACAUGGACGAUCUGACCGCGUUCGCACACGCCCAUGAUCCUUCCGCUCUCGCUCAGCCAUCCUUCUACCAUGCUCCCCCAGUGUAUUCCGAGACCUUUGACGCCAAUAAAGCUGCCAGCUUCCCUUCCAUGCCCGCCACGCCCCCGUCCCUGCCCCAUCCUUCUGACCACUUCAUCCCCGGCCUUGCCGCUGCGUCUGGUCCCUCAAUUGCGAGCGCAUCCUCCUCCACCAUUGGAUCGCCGAAUUCGGGGAUUGCGCAUGUCAUCUCUGAAGACUGGAUCCAGACAACCAACGGCUUGGGACACCCUGUUGCGGUCAUGGGUGACUUCUUCCAAACCGAUUACAUGGGCAAUAUGCUGGACUCGGAUGCCUUCUACCAGCCGAAGUGCCCGGAGAGCUUUGUUGAUCCCUCAGUGAUUCAUUCAAUGCCUCAGCAGCAACCUCAGCUGUCACCACCUGCCAUUUCCUACCCGGAGCAGUCUGAUUACUUCCUCGCGCAAGGCGGAUAUCUUCCCCAAUCCCCCGACCCUUCUCACCUCCACCUUGCCGAAGGCUACCAUGCGCAACAAUCUUUCUCCCAACCCGCUCCCAUCUCCGCACCCUCCCCUUCGGCUGUGCCUUCGAUGCCCCAGUCACGCCCCGUUUCGGUCUACGACCGGAGGUCAUCCAUCUCCUCUAUCCAGUCCCAUAUGACCAACCGGUCCCAGCCCAGCCCCGCUGCUAGCAACAUCGAGUCUGAUGACGACACCAAGGAAAAGGGCCGGUGCCCAUUUCCCGAAUGCCGGCGGGUCUUCAAGGACCUCAAGGCCCACAUUCUCACUCAUCAGUCGGAGAGACCCGAGAAGUGCCCCAUCGUGACUUGCGAGUACCACAUUAAGGGGUUCGCUCGCAAGUACGACAAGAACCGCCACACUCUCACCCACUACAAAGGAACGAUGGUGUGCGGCUUCUGCCCCGGGUCUGGAUCGCCCGCUGAGAAGAGCUUUAACCGGGCGGAUGUUUUCAAGCGCCACUUGACUUCCGUCCAUGGCGUGGAACAGACCCCGCCCAACUGCCGUAAGAGGAGCCCAGCUGCCUCCACGAGCAAGGGUGCUUCGGGCUACAGCCCCGACGCCACCGGCAAGUGCUCUACUUGCUCCAACACGUUCAGCAAUGCCCAGGACUUCUACGAGCAUCUGGACGAGUGUGUGCUUCGCAUUGUGCAGCAGGAGGAGCCCAGCGAGCUUAUCAACCAGCAGCGGCUUGCGGAGGUCGAAGACGAUGAGGAAGUGCAGAAGACGAUGGAGAGGAACAUGAUCUUCGACACGGCCGGUACCGUUGAUCGAUACAAUGACGAACUUGACGAUGAAGAUGACGAUACUUAUGAAUACUCGAACCCGCGAUCGGGCAAAGGCUCUUUGAAGACAACCAAAGGAGGCGCAAAUGCCGUUUCCCGUCCGAUCUUGGGUUUUAACAACGCUGUCAGCAAGCACUCCACGAAUGCCAACCCGAAGAUGCGCGCCACCGCAUCCAAGCGACGCAACAAUCGUGAUCGCUACCCCCAGUCCUGGGGUUGCCCGAGCAGCAGCAUAAAGACGAAGAAGCGCGUCCUCUGUGUGUUUGACGGGCAACGCCGCCUGUGGAAGGAUGAGAUGAUGCUCGACAAUGAGUUCGAGGUCCGCCUCAAGCUACCUGGAGGUGCCGGAGAUGGCACCAGCCGCGAAGCCUACGUGACCGACCUGGACGUCGAGACGUUGAAGCGCGCCGAGGGUGUCCUGAGCGCCAACGACGAAGAGCGCGGGCCUUGGAUGGACAAUGGUUCCAGCCAGCUCAUCGGACAGCCGGCCAUGCUGCUGCCAGACCUGUACCACCCCAGUGACGCAGAGCUGGACAUGAUGUCCUAA